GCCGAGCGACUAGCGAGCCUGGUUGUGAUCCGAUCGAGCCGGAGCUGAGUCACCAUCGACCCAACCCGCCACGUUUCUCAUCCCAUCCCUCCGUCCAUUCUCCAUCCGACGACCGUCGGAUCACACGACUCCCCGCCCCUUCCAAUCAUCUUCCCUCCCAGGGACAGGAAUAUUAAACUCCGAGCAUCACCAUUAAACUAAGCACAACCAUCACAGUAGAUAAGCGAGCACCAAGCAACCCCACGCGCGAUGCCCUCCAGCUCUCAACCAACUGCGCACGCCUACCGCCUCGUCAUUUAUAAGCCUUCCCUUCUACCUCUCUCUCUUCUCCGCUCCGUCACCCUACACCAUUUCCACUAAACCAUCUGUUCCUACAGGUGUUAGUUACCACGCCAUUCCAAUUUCCAAUCGCCAUGGCUAAUCCAAGAACGGUGCUGACCUCCGCGCCGUCGCCGCCCGGGUGCUCCUCCUCCUCCUCCUCCUCCUCCUCCUCCUCCUCCUCCUCGGCGUUCGCGCCGCCUGCGCCGCCGUCGCCGUCCGACGGGGAGCUGCUCCGGUCCCUGCACCGCCUCGCGCGGGACCUGUCCGCCGCCGCCGAGACGCCGGCCCCGUUCCUGCGUGCCGCGCUCGCGUCCAUCACCAGGCGGUCCAAGCUCCUCGCCGCCGCGUUCGACGACCUGGUCAUGUGCGCCGCGGCGGGGGACCUGCCGCGGUCCGCGUCGCUGUGCCUCCGCGAGAUGCUCCUCGUGCUGCAGCGCUUCAAGGCCCUCGCCGCCGACUGCGCGGUGCGGAGCCGGAUGCGGCUGCUGCUGCAGUCGGACGAGAUCGAGGAGGAGGUACGAGAGCUGCACCAGGAACUGGCUACGCUGCUCGACCUCCUGCCGGUCGCCGAGCUGGGCCUCGCCGAGGACGUCGUGGACCUGCUGGCGCUCGCGUCGCGCCAGUGCCGGCGGUUCGCGCCGGCGGCCGGGGCGGAGCAGGCGCUCAAGGCGAGGGUGCUGUCGGUGAUACAGGAAGUGGAGCGGGAGAUCGUGCCGGAGCGGGAGAGGCUGGAGGAGAUCCUGGAUGAGGUGGGCAUCAACGACGCGGCGACCUGCAGCGACGAGAUCGAGAGCCUCGAGCGGGAGAUCGGCGACCGCGCCUCCGAGAGGUGGGCUGACGCCAUGAUCGCGCUCGUCGGCCUGCUCCGGUACGCCAAGUGCGUCCUGUUCAGCGCCACGCCCCGGCCAUCGGAUUCCAAGCCGGACCCCGAGGUCGACGAAGAGGGCGAGCCACCGGCGCCGCCGCCGGACUUCCGCUGCCCCAUCACCCUCGACAUCAUGCGCGAGCCCGUCGUCGUCGCCAGCGGCCAGACGUACGACCGCGAGUCCAUCGCCCGGUGGUUCGACUCCGGCAAGUCAACGUGCCCCAAGACAGGGCAGGUCCUCACCGUCCUGGAGCUCGUGCCCAACAAGGCUCUCAAGAAUCUCAUUGCCAAGUGGUGCCGCGAGAACGGCGUCGCCAUGGAGAGCAGCCAGGCCAGCAAGAGCGAGCCGGCGCAGGCGGUGUCCGCGAACAAGGCCGCGCUGGAGGCGGCGCGCAUGACGGCGUCGUUCCUGGUGAAGAAGCUCUCCAUCUCAUUCUCCCCUGACGCGGCCAACCGCGUCGUGCACGAGAUCCGGCUGCUGUCCAAGUCCGGCUCCGACUGCCGCGCGUUCGUCGGAGAGGCCGGGGCCGUGCCGCUGCUGGUGCCCCUGCUCUACUCCGAGGACGCUGGGCUCCAGCUGAACGCCGUCACGGCGCUGCUGAACCUGUCCAUCCUCGAGGCCAACAAGAAGCGCAUCAUGCACGCCGAGGGGGCCGUGGAGGCGGUGGCCCACAUCAUGAGCUCCGGCGCGACGUGGCGCGCCAAGGAGAACGCGGCGGCGGCCGUGCUCAGCCUGGCGUCCGUCCACACCUACCGGCGCCGCCUCGGCCGGAACCUGUCCAUCGUGGAGAAGCUAGUGCAUCUUGUGCGCACCGGCCCGGCGAGCACGAAGAAGGACGCAUUGGCCGCGCUGCUGUCGCUGGCCGGCGAGCGGGAGAACGUCGGGAAGCUCGUGGACGCCGGCGUGGCGCAGGCGGCCCUGUCGGCGAUCAGCGAGGAGGAGACCGCGGCUGCGGUGCUGGCCGCAUUGGCGAAGCGCGGCGGCGCGGAGGCGAUCGUGGGCAUCGACGGCGCCGUGGCGCGGCUGGUGGCCGAGAUGCGGCGCGGCACGGAGUGGGCCCGGGAGAACGCGACGGCGGCGCUGGUGCUCCUGUGCCGGCGGCUGGGCGCGCGCGCGGUGACGCAGGUGAUGGCCGUGCCCGGCGUGGAGUGGGCCAUCUGGGAGCUGAUGGGCACCGGGACGGAGCGCGCCCGGCGCAAGGCCGCGUCGCUCGGCAGGAUAUGCCGGCGGUGGGCCGCCGCCUCGGCAGCCGACGGCGAGCGCGGCAACGGGUGCCCCGCCGCCAGCGUCGUGCCGCCGGCCAUGAUGGCGUCAUGAUGGAGCCGCAAUGCCAGAUAGGAUAAGCUCAGAAACAAAGGAUAAUGAUUUUUUCCCCUCUUCCCUUCCAUGUACAAAAAGUUUGCUUAGGCUGUCAGGAUUCUUUGAUCAGAGAAAGAGAGAGAUAAAUGGUGAGUGGUUGAUCAACUGUGCAUACGGAGCUCUGUACCAAAUGUAAUUCCCUCCAUUCCUACAAAAAUCUUAGUCUACGGCGGUUCGGUGGUUACGAAAUGAAAAUGGGAUUAGUUUGAGACUCCA